UUUCAAGUACCAAUGGCUAAAGUAUCUGAUCUUCUCUCUCACCUUUUCCUGCUCUUUCGCUUCAUUCCAGGCGGAACUUUGAUGAUGGUAAAUGGGGAGAAAAAUUGGUGUGUGGCUAAGCCAUCAUCGGACCAGGCAACUCUGCUGGCAAACAUUAAUUUCGCAUGUUCUCAGAUCGAUUGCCGUGUGAUGCAAAAGGGUUGUCCUUGUUUCAGCCCUGAUAAUCUGAUGAACCACGCUUCCAUUGCCAUGAACCUUUACUACCAGGCCAAGGGAAGAACCGAGUGCGAGUGUGGUUUUAGAGGCUCUGGUCUUAUUGUCACCACCAACCCAAGUUAUGCUGACUGCAAGUAUGAUUAG